AUGAAAAAUAGCAAGCAUCAAAAUAAAGUGGAAUAUAAUUUAAAUAAUAUUUCAAAACAAUUAGAUAAAAGGAAAAUAUACAUGCGUUAUUUUAAAAAGGGUAUAAAGGAUAAGAUAGAAAAUAUGGGAAAUCUAAAAGUUUCUAGAGAUAUGAAAAAAAAGAAAAAGAGCGAUCUUAUAAAAAAUAAGGAGGGAGGAUUAUUGUAUGAAUGCUCUAAUAAGUAUAUAUAUAAUGAGGAUGGAAAAGAAAAGUUAAAAAUGGAUGAUUCGAAAAAUUACAAGGAUAAUAUGUGUGAUAAUAUGAAAAAGAAAAUCGAAAUAGUAAAUAUAAUUCCUACAAGUGAUACAAGACAAAAUUAUAAUGAAACUAACGAAAAU